AUGUGGACAAAAAGUUUAGAGAAAUACUUUACAAAUGCGUUAGAUAAAACGGGAAAAGAAUUCAAGUUGGCGAUCCAAGAAGAAAUAGAGGGAGAGGAAGAAAAUAGAUUUAGAUUGUAUUGCGAAAAAGUACUAAUGGGAUUAACAUUGGAAUUUGACUGGAUAGAAGCAUAUGCACAAUCGGCAAAGAUAAUUAAAACAAAUACCGAUUCUGGAAUCGUACGAGUGGAUAUCAAAGGGACUCGGAUCGGAGAUAACAGAGAAAUAUGGCAAAUGGAAAUUUCAGGGCCACCCAGUACUCCUACAACUCGCCAUACUAUCAGUGACACGAAAAAGUCUAUACAAACUGAUAUAUUGAAUUUGUGGGCAUCCUAA